AUGUCAAAAAUGACAUACUAUCUUUCCAAAGAUUGUCAAAUUCCGCAUGCGCGUGACACGCUCAGUCCGUACCGAAACACCGCGCACUUGCGAGUGGACUCAUUACAUGGCGGUCUAGUAAUCCAGUCGCACGAUUGGUGGCGUCCAUCUCCCACAAACCAUUCCGGUCCGGGCUCAAAUCCAGGUGCUCCGGGACCCGGAAGCAAUCAUUCACAGCAUACUACUUACCCGUGGAAUUUUUCCUGUGAGAUUGUGAUCCACACCCCGUUGGAGAAUGCAAAAAUCAUGCUACGAAUCGAUGAAUUCUACAUCCCUUCAGCCAGUGAGGAUUGUGUGGACAACUAUCUGUAUGUGUUCGAUUCGAACACGGCCAAAUCGAAAGCGAUGCCUGAGGCCGGUGGUGAACGUGGGCUUUGUCGUGCGUCCCAUCCGCGUCAUCCGAUUUUCACCACAAAAUCCGCUAUUUGUAUCGCCUUCCAGUGA